AUGGAAUACGCUGAAGAUGAUAGAAUUUUGAAUGAAACUUCUGCAAUUAAUGAAAAUGAUCCUUCAUUGACUAGUGAAGAAGCCAUCGAUAAAAGUAAAGAAGCAAGGGCCAAUAAAUCACUAAUUAAAUGGAUUGUGAGUUUGGGUAUUUCAUUUUCGGCCUUUGACAAUCCAUAUUUUGAAGAUUACACAAAAAUAUUAAACCCUGGAUAUAAUUCACCUAAACGUAAUGCAUUAGCAUCAUCAAUUUUAGACGCAAAGGCAGCGAAUAUCAUACUAAAAAUAGAAAAAGAAUUGUCUAAAGCUAAAAACCUUACUUUAUGUAUAGAUAGUUGGUGUAGCCCAUUAAAACAUAGCAUAUAUGCUUUUGUUAUAGUAACAAAUGAAAGAAAACAGUAUGUUUACGCUUUACGAGAUUUUUCAAAAUUUUCCCACACGGCAAAGUUCAAUGCUAAAAAAAUAAUAGAAGUCUUAAAAAAUGAUGGCCCUAAAAAAUUUAUAGCAAUAACCACUGAUGCUGAAUCAGCAAUGAUGGCAGCCAAAUGA